GACACAGCAGAAGCGCUGGGCGGUAGGAGAAGGUGUGGCAGACGCUGCUUGGCCAGGAGCAGACCUGCUGAGUAAUUUGCAGCAGCUUCCUUUGGCCAACGAGUGCUGGCUAUAUCUACGCACACAAGCCCGUGUGAAUAGAGCAUGCUGCAGCAGAGGCUCCCCGCCCUGGAGGUCCCCCCGACUCGCCUGUCCCCGCCCCUGCCCGCCUUCCCUUGUCUGUCCGUCUGUCUCUCCGCCCUUCCUCUCCUGUCUUCACUGCAGUCGUCCCUGUUUACAUAGCCCUGCAUCUUCCUAUCUGCCUGAACAUCUCUUACUCUUGUCUCUCCUUCCCCCCCCUCCCCCCCGUUUCCACCUCAAAUCUCAUCCAUCUACCUCUUACUCUCUAUCCUUUUUCUUCCAUCUCUCCCUCCCUACUCUGAUUGUCUGUCUCGUCCCAGCUGAUGACCUAGACCAUUAUUCUGUCUGCCCUUGCGUGUUACUUCAAGAAUAUACUUCACAGGUGCAAUCUCUUGUGCAGCCAUAUUAACACUAUACUGUUUAUGAUGGGUACCCACUCAUCUCUUCAAAAAUGGAUCCCUCCACCUUCUAAGUCAUCCAUCCACCCAUCCAUUCAUCCACCCAUCCAUUCUUCCAUCCACUUGUUUGUCCAUCUAUCCAUCUACUUAACAAAAAUUCUUGCCUCUGUAUACUUCUGCAUCUGCCUGUCCCCAAAUGCAUCCCAUCUGCUGAUCUGCCAGUGCAGAUAUGUACUGUCAUCCAUCAAUCCAUCCAUCCACUCUUGCUUUCACACCUUCUUUCCUUUUAUCUCCUUUCACUAUUCUUCAGCUCUCUUCAGAAUUUUCCCAUGGUGGGGAUGGGGUGCAGACCUCUUUAAUGCAAAAAUACUCCUGGUUAGUCUUCAUGAACAGGGAUUUCUGAAUCUGUGGAUUUGCUCUGGCUGUGCAUGGUGGCUUAGGGCCUCCACGCAUGUAUGUAAGCAUGGUGAAAUUACAAGGAAUCUUGACCACACAGAGGUUGCCUGGUGUUGUCUGUGGAUCUCUCUUCUUACAUGAGACCCCUUCCUGUCUGCAGGUCUCCAGAGAUGUCGCAUCAGAGCUUUGGACUUCUAGAAAAAAGUUACAUCAAUGUACCAGGAUCCUUUUUGUUGGGAAAGGAGUUCUACGUACCCCUGUGCUCACUGCCCCUCUGUAGUGCUGUGGUGGAUGUUGCUAUCCAGGAUUAUGUAGCUGAUGUGGUCUCUGAACUGAUCUACCAUAACAAGAGUCUGAGAUCCUCAGAAGUCACCUUCGUCUUCCCCCUGGGCCCCCAUAUGGCCAUCUAUUCCUUCCAGGCCUGCAGUGAGGAUGCCAAGAUCAAGGCUGUGCUGCAGGAUGAGACCCAGCAGCUGUACAGAGGCUCUACAGGGGAGGGGGAGAAUUUUGACUACCUUCAGUAUGAGGUUACGGAAUCAGGCGAGGUGUUUGCCUGCUUCCUGGGUUCCCUGUCCCCCGGCAAGGAAAUGGUUGUGACCUUACGCUAUGUCCAAGAGCUAUCACGGAAGCCAGAUGGAGCAGCCCAGUUUAUGCUGCCAUCCACAAUGCAUCCUUACAAGACUCACUACACCUGUAAUUGUCGCACUGGCAAGCUACAUUACAGCCUCCUGCUAACUGCCAGCCUGCAGUCACCCCGUGGUGUGGCUGAUGUCCAGGCUAACUGUGCCCUCACUCCUUUGAUCUACACUGCCCAGGACCACAGUACUGCACAGGUCUCACUGGCUGGCACUCCCCCAAAUCAUCAUUUGGAGCUGCUGGUAUAUUACAGAGAACCCACUGCAGUCAGUGUUGUGGUGGAGAAAGGAGACCCUGUGGCCACUGCAGGCUCUCUGUUGGGUGAUUCCCUGGUGUUGGUUACACUGGCACCCAACAUCCAUGAUGCAAAACCUGGGCAGUGCAAGUCUGGAGAGUUCAUCUUUGUUCUGGACAGCACUUCCCUUGAGCAUGCACAGGACCCCUUGCUCUUCCUUCUCAAAAGCCUACCCUUGGGCUGCUACUUCAACAUCUACUGCUAUGGAGCAACACCUGUGGGCAUCUACCCGCAGAGUGUUGAAUAUACCCAGGACAACCUGAAUGAGGCAAUGCAACUCAUUUCCACAACUGGCUCCAGGCUGGGUGACACGGACCUGCUGGGAACCCUUCGCACAAUCUACAGUACUCCCCGCCCCUGCGGACAUGCACGCCAGCUCUUCAUCUUCAUGUCUGAGCUACCACCUGACACUGAAGCCAUUGCUGCUGAGGUCUGCCAUCAUCGCAACAGCCACCGGUGUUUCUCCUUCUGUUUUUCCACGGACAGUGUUUCCCUGGCCACAGCCCUGGCCAGGGAGACGGAUGGUGAAGCUGUCUAUGUCUCUUCUGACAAUGUGAUAGUUCAGGUGUUGAAAUGCUUGAAGCAGGCCCUCAAGCCAGUAGCUGAGGGAGUCUCUCUGGAGUGGACUUUGCCCUCUGGCCUGGAGGUCGAGGUGCUGGGAGGGACCCCUCAGUUCAUCUUUCAGGGUCAGCACAUCUUCCUCUAUGCACAGAUCCAUGGAAAGGAACAGGAUAUGAAGGAGGCCAGUGGUGUCAUGACCUUGCAUUUCAACCUGGAUGGCCAGGAUGUCACUCACAAGAUCCAGUUCCCACUAUGCCCACAGGGAGAUGGCCGGAUGGCUGGUCAUCAUCUGGCUGCAAGACAUUUGCUGGAGAAGCUACUGUUGCCAGAGGUUGUGAGAGGGUCAGGGGAUGAACCAAUGCAGCGUGCCAUUGAAAUCAGUCUCACAUCUGGGAUCAUCUGCCCCUUCACCAGCUAUGUGGGUGUUCGUACAUCACGGAGGGCCCCCUGGUACCAUGGGCCCCUGGCACUGCUGUCACCUCGCCAGUCAUUCGUUCCCUGCAAGAUCCUUUUGCUACGUGGCUCCUUGACUGACACUUCCUGCUUUCCUAAGACCAUAUGGAACCCACCUAGAUGGCACACUGCAGUGCAGGAGUCACGGAUUGCCAUCAAGCGUCUCAUCAAUGGCAUUGCUAACUUACUCCAGCAUGGGGCUCACAAAGAAGCACCUGAACAGCCACCACCAUCCAUUUUCUCUCUCAAGUAUGUGGAUUCAACAAGAUUUGUUUUGUGCUCUCAAAUUUUUGGGCCAUGGAUGAAUGAAGCCAUUGCUGAGUGCAGAGAGCUGGUGGCACUGCAGAAUGUAGAUGGCUCCUGGACCCUCAGCUCAGGUUUAGCUUCUGUGCUACAGGUUGAGGAGGCUGAAAUCAAGGGAAAGAUGCCUGGUGAGGUCAUGGAGCCUAGUUUCUGGGCAACAGUGCUGGCUGUGACCUGGCUGCAGAGAGACAACAGGCGUUACCAUGAGCUAUGUGAAUUGCUGGAGGCAAAGGCUGUAACCUGGCUGUGCAGCCGAGAUGUGUCUCAGCUGGACAAGUGCCUGGAGGCAAGUAACACCCUCCUUGGGAGCAGUGUGAGUCCAAGUGUCUUUAGGCUAUGAGCUUAACAUCAGCAUAUAGAACAUCAACACCUGUGGAACAAAACAGGGCCACAAAGCAUAGCUUAAAUUUACCUGCCAUGCUGUAACCCCACUGCUGCUACCAAGUAGGAUUUUACACAACAGAUGAAUUCUCAUUACUUGUGAGAAGUAUUCUACUAGCUGGGCUACAUCUGCAUCAUGCCGAGCGCAACAGAAAACCUCUCGUUCACAGCCUCCACCAUGUUUGUUUUAGCUGAAGAUGGGAGUGGAAGGGAAGCAUAACUUUUUUCAUGGAGUGGUGGCCCUUUCCAAAUGCAACUUUGGCAAAGUGGGCUACUGGCCUGCUCACAGGUGUGCUCUCUUGGCACAGAAGUGCCACGCACAAUAGAAAAGAUGAAUGUUUAGAGGUAUCAACAAAAGGCAUAGUAACCAUAGCUCCCACUGAAAAUGUGCCGCACCACACUUCCUGCCCUCCAUGUUGGCAAAGUCUCUGGUUCAUAUUCCAAUAAACAGCAAAUUUUCUGCAAGCUACAAGAUGUGACAGUCUUGAUCUUACCUGUAGCAGCACUCUGUCCUGCAGACAGAUGGGUGAUGGCUGACUUAUCCUAGCUAUAGCAGGAAGGUUACUGGCUUGUUAAUGAUCUACCUUUAUAUCUUUAACGUUUUCACUCCACUGCACUAUGUGACUUCCAAAAUAAACGCUGUUCUUCCUUUAA